AUGGCGCUCGCAUAUCCAGAAGGCGAAUGCUUCUUCCGACGAUCUGCGCUGAACUCAUCCAACAAAGAAUACUAUCAGGCGGACCGUCCAGACCACUUCUAUGGUCAUUUCUUGCUCGAGUUCAUCUGGAACAAACCGAGUCAUACCGGAUCAGAUGCUCGGGAGAAACGCACUCAUCCACGCACGUCCUACCAGCUGAUCGACGAGACUCUUAUUUUACCCAUGGGGGGCUUCCGUGUAGGCCCAUUCAUUGGAGCUUGGAAACAGUUACCUAUCGUGUAUGGGUCCCACUAUAGCAAAGGUCAGCACCGCCGCGUGCAGCACAAUCUCUGUACCUCGAGCGGCCGCCUCCAGAAACAAAUGGACGGUGAUCCAUUAGAGUCGUGGUUCAUGACCAUGCCAAUGCCAAAGAGAGAGGAAGGCUGGGCUUUCAUCGAUCGAGUAACAAACAUACGAGCAAUCUACAUCCCCAUUGCCCAGCAAGCGUCCGAGGACCAUCCCGAGCUUUGCACCUUCUACCAAGUCAACUUCACUGUUGCCGAUGACAAAGUGAGGAUGCUGCACCAUUCGGGCUCGGCGAGCAACCCGACAGUUGACUGGAGAGACGUACCAUUGAAUAAAACAGUGGGACUCUCCGACUGGUGGUCUCUGACGGUUGGAAUCAACUUCAACGGGCUGGUCGAGCUGCUGUCCCUGCCCCGCCAGCUGCGCCGCCAGAACGCCUUUUCCUCUGGCAACAUUAUGAUGAUUGACAAGGACCUGGUAGCUUCGCCUCCGAUCGAGCACAGCUACAGCGACUCGGCCGACUUUGAUUGGACAACCAUUUCCGGUGCAAACCACGGCCUGCCCAUCCAGUGGAAGCCCACCAUCAAGAAGCAAGAUUGGUUGGAGAACUUUCUAAAGAACUCACUCACCGUUGCCGUGGGGUUCAUCCCCGGCAUCGGUCCGAUCGCUGCGAUUGCAUUCCCGCUCGCCUGGACGGCUAUUGCAGACCCGGACAAUUUCGUGGACACCAUGAGGAACGUAUGUCCCGGUGUCGAUCUGCAGUUAAAGCUUGUGGAGCUGCUCAGCUCCAUCGGCGAGAACUCAUCCAAGAAUGUCCAACAGUACCUGCCAGAGGGAUGGGAAGAAUCAGCCCUUGGCUCCAAGUUUCUGUCGGGUCCUAGGCCCACGACGACCAUGAGAAUGGCCGCCUUGACCAGCGAGCCCGCAGCUGAUGAAGAUGUUGAAGCCUCUAACCCCGAACCCGAGUCCUUUGUCUCCAGGGAAGAGACGAGCAUCAUUGAUGAGCUGAAGGCUCUGGACGGCCAAGACUUUGAGGCUGCGCUCGCGGCGCUCGCUAGCGAUGGCAGAGCCGCCGAGGACAUUGCUGUGUUCACAGCAGACACGACCAAGAGUCUUGUUGCAACCACGGACGACGUUCGACUGGAAGACGAAAUCGACAAUGAGCAGCUUGCCGAUACUGUCACAUUGAACGAGUUCGGGCCGAGUAUGUAUUUCACCAUGACUGAGCAGAUAUUGAAGGACACUGCGGUGCCUCAGGAAGACAGUGAGUGGGCUCAGCUCGUCAAGGCAGCAGAGACCGUGGUCGGUACUGUCACGUCCCCCUUGACCAACACACUGGGCUCUGUUCUUGGUGGCGGGAAAAAGGCAGAGACCGAGCCCGUUGAGGACGAUCCGACUGUUACGGAUGCUCCCGUCAAUGAUUUUGGCUGGAGUGAAAAGUACUUGCGAUCCCUCUUUACUGGUGAAAUUGCCAUUGAAGGCAAGAUGUGA